AUGGACAAACUCAAGAGCGCGUUUCAACGAGAUAAAGAAGGCACUCAAGAUCUCCAGAACUCCUCCUCCACCCCUCGAGGUGUUGGUCAAGGCUCACACCUUUCCAAAGCAACUACUUCAACCGGAGGAAACACCGGAGGCUUUGUGGACCAGCCUACCACCCAGAUCCCGUCAGGUGCAGGUACAGGAACAACAGGAAUAUCAUCUACUAGCCACGAGACAGGCGAUAGUACUGGAUCAGCCGCUAUCGGUCAAACAUCGACCUAUAGCUCGCAUACUCUUCGCCACGGAGACGCUGUUGGAAGUAUAAUUGAUCGAUCUUCACGAGAUCCAACCACCUACAAGAUGCCUGAACACACUUUCGGCCAAGGCACCAGUGCCUCUGGUGAGCAUUCAGGCUCUGGAGUUCCUCCUGGUGCCGCCGGAGCUGCCGCCUCUGCCGCUUUUAACAAGCACAAUGACCAGAGCACUUCAAACAUUCCAGGUGCUUUCCCCAAGGAGACCGCGCACGACACUGUUACCCUUCCACCAGUCAACAGACCGGUAGACUAUGAGGCUGGUCGAGACGUUCCAGAAUCCAAUCAAUCAGGUAGUGGAACCGGGCUUACAGGAGGCUCUGGUGCAACUAGCCAACCUGCCUCCACGACCGAAACCCAUCGAUCAGGCACUCUUGGAAAGAUUUUGGGUGCUGUGGGUCUUGGAGGUGCUGCCACUGGUGCCGGUGUUGCAGCAUCCAGGUCGAGCCAUGACAGAUCUCACGCUGUGGAAGAUACUCCUUCGCAGCCCACAACUGUCACUGGUACCGAUUCAUAUACUGCUCCAACUCAGUCAGGACCUCCACCAUCCCAUCAUCGCAAAGAGAGCAUCCCCACUACUGCUUAUCCUGCCGGCCCUGGAUCACCAUCACCUAUCCAUUCUCCUGUUGGUGGGACCAGAGGUGCGCCAGACGACACCAGCCGGACAUCGUCUUCAAAUGUCCCAUAUGGCACCGGAGCUACGUCUUACACCAUUGGUGGACCCACUGAAGGCCAAGAAAGCAGCCAUACUGGGCGUAAUGCAGGUCUUGCAGCGGCCGGCGUUGGUGCAGGUGCUGCUGCACUUGGCGCUCAUGAAUAUGGUAAAGAUCGAGGAGAUACUACUGGCACAACUGCAUCUUCUGCCCUUCCAGGUACUGCACAAACGACCUCAAGCUCCACCUUCCCAAGCAGUGGCCAAGGACUAGGUUCAUCUUCGACCCCAAGCACUACUCAAGGAACAUCAGGCUACAGUGGAGGUCAGACUACAGGCACAACUGGUUAUUCAGCAGGCCCAACAUCCCAAACUUCAAGCACACAACCAGAACAUCAUUCCAGUGGAUAUGGUACAACAGCUGCAGCUGCAGGCCUUGGAGCUGGUGCUGGCGCCCUCGGUGCUCAUGAAUACGGAAAGGAUCGAGGAGAUGGUAUUGGCGGAACAACAUCUUCUGCUCUUCCAGCCACUGCCCAGACAACGUCGUCUUCCACGUAUCCAAGCAGUGGCCAAGGACUUGGUUCAUCUUCCAUUCCAAGCACUACACAAGGAACAUCAGGCUAUGGCAGUACGCAGCCUACAGGUGCUGGGUACUCGACUGGGCCGACAUCUCAGACCUCGAACACCCAGCCAGAACAGCAAUCUACUGGCUAUGGUAAAGCUGCCGCUGCCGCCGGUCUUGGAGCUGGUGCUGGUGCUUUGGGCGCUCAUGAAUAUGGAAAGCACCGAGGUGAUAAUACUGACACCACGACAUCGUCAGCCUUCUCGGGCAACCAAUCAUCCGUACCCUCUGCCAGUCACAACACCACGUCGUCAGGUCUGCCACAAACUACUGGAACAGGUUUCCAGCACGACUCUGCUCGAAGCCAGCCACUGACAUCUUCCGGACCAACCUCCCAACUUUCGAGUACAGAGCGAGAUGACCAGUCCAGUGGUUACGGUAGAACUGCUGCAGCCACAGGUCUCGGUACUGGAGCAGGAGCGGCUGGUGCUUCAGCUUUGCACCAUAACAGACAAGGCGAUUCCACUCAACAAUUCGCCGAUAAGCCUUGGCAAGCCGACCAAAGCCAAACUCAAUCAUCCACUGCUACUGGAACUCAUCUCCCCAUUCGCGAGAAAGCCACCCACCCACCAACAGCUACAUCAACAAGAGAUGACUCCAGAACUGACCCCACAAAGGACGACAGCCAUGCAGGCCGCAACACUGCUCUCGCAGGCGCAGCCGGGGUCGGUGCCGCUGGAGCAUAUGGUGCUCAUGAGCAUAGCAAGCAUCAAGCGGAGCAGGAUGCAGAGCGCCGACAGAAAGACCUUGCGGAGCAAGAAGCCGCGCGCCAGAAGCAAUACGAGAAAGACCAAAAGGCGGCCGAGAAGCUAGCGCACAAAGAAGAAAAACAACACGAAAAGGACCUGAAGAAGCUUGAGAAGCAGGAGAAAUCUCACGAGAAGGAGAUCAAGAAAGAAGAGAAGGAGCACCAGAAGGUCGUCGCCCACCAAGAGAAAGAACAACAGAAGGAACUUGACAAAGAGGCCGAGGACCGCAAGCGCCGCGAAAAAGAGGCCGCUGGUGCCGCCGCCGGUGUAGGCGCGGGCGGUGCCGCUUACGCAGCGCACAAGCACCACGACGACGACCACUCCGACAAAGCCAAGCUCUCGAGCGCGAGCGACGAGCAUGAGCGCAACAAGCUGCACAAGGAUCCGCCGGAGCAGAAGAAGCCCAGCCUGUUCCGCCGCAUCUUUAAGCGCAGAAAGAACAAGGACACCGGCGACAGCGAGGAAUACAGUACAGACGAGGAAGACGACUCGCACCACGGCACUGCCGCCGCCGCUGGUGUCGGCGCGGUCGGCGCUGGUGCUGGAGCCGGUCUCGCCGGGUCCUCUGCGGCCGGCCAUAAUCAGACAUACGACUCCAAGCCGUCAUAUAAUCCGCUGAGCAAAGAUGAUCCUUUGGCUUCAACCACCGGCACUACGGGAACACCAGGUACUACAGGUACUACAGGAACACACAGCGGCGUCCACGAUCCCACGUCCACGACCCACGGCACGAGCAGUGGCACAGGAAUCGGUUCCACCACUGGCACUGGCACGACAGGCAAUAAUCUCCCGAUCGACGACGUGACCGGCCUGCCCUACGACCCGGCCAAAGACCCUGCAGCGGCGGCACGCCUACAAGCUCAUGACACGGUCGGCCACAAGAUUCUCGAGAAGGCGGAGGCCAAGGAGGCUCAGCAGGAGGCGGGCGGACCUGCGCCUUUGUCUUGA